UCCAAGUAGCGUGAAUGAGAACCAAGGCCACACCACAGCGCUUUGGAUUUUAUGUUGAAAUCAACGCCUCGUUAUCGUCCACUGAUUACAAGACUUAUAAAUCCACCCAAAAUUCCUCAACUUCUCAUUCGACCCUAUCUCUAUCUCUAUCUCUAUCUCUAUCUCUCUCGCAUUUCGUAAGCAUCUGAUUUUCAGUCAUGAGCCACUUUGAUCAGCAGCAAGCUCCUGGGGCAUAUCCCCCACCUGUGACUGCAUAUCCGCCGAGCUAUGGCCAUCCACAGGCAGUAGUAGAUCAGGGCAACGUUCAAGUUCCUAAUUAUGUUGCACCACCUCCACCAAUUGGUUACCCAACCCGUGGUACUGACCCUACAGCAGGGUAUCCCCAACACAUGCCUCCCGUUGAAACAACAACUAGGGGUGCUAGCGGUACUAUGAAAAUAUGUUUUACUAAGUUGUUCUGUUGCUGCUGCGAAUAUUGCUUGUGUGCGGAUGGCUCAGCAUAAUAAUUUUAAGGUGAUAAUCUUUAUGAGAAUGGGACUGCAGGACAAGACUUGACCCAAGGGCGAGGCAGAGACCUAAACAGUUUAUGUUAUACUUAGUUUUAUUAUUUUAAUUUAAUAAAUUAUUUUGAUAAGUACAUGAGACUUUAGUGAUUUUAAAUAAGUGCUUCCACAGACUCUCUUUUAGAUUUUAAGUAUUUAAUAAAGAUUGUAUUAUAA